AUGGCGUUUUUGAAUGUGGUAGAUGAUGGUAGAGAUAUGGAUCAUGACCCAGGGGGAGGAAGACCGCCGGAUAGGGGCAGGCAACUUCGCCUUACUGAUUUCUGGAAACCUAAAUUAAAGGAUGCAUCGGAAGCGGUUAGAGAAGAAUCUGAGUUUCAAGCCAAAGAAGAUCUGAGUACUAAGGUGGAUGACAGCAGAAAUCAGAAAGAUAGAGGGGAUGGUGUGAAGAAAACUUUUUCUACUGUUGUGGGUAAGGUUUUACCGGACGUGGAGCAGUUGCCGGAUCCAAUACAUGCUGGGGCGCACACUAAGAUUAUCAUCCCGCAGGAGGCAUAUGAGGAGAGGCUGGAAAAAUUCAAGUUUGCUUUGAUAGGUAGGGCAAAUUUCAAAUUUAUGUCUAUGAAUGAUAUUCGUAAAGCUGCAGGAGAGGGGUGGAAGUUGAAGGGGAGAAUUUCUUUGUCUCCUAUGGGGAAAGGCUUCAUUUUAUUUCAGUUUGAGUUGGAAGGAGAUAUGUCUGCCAUUUGGAGAAGGAACCUAAUCAAGGUUAGAGGACAAUUGAUUCGAUUCCAACGCUGGAAACCAGAUUUUGAUGUGCAUGCGGUGAACAACCCAACCAAACUGGUGUGGAUCAGAUUUCCAGGCCUUCCCCUGGAAUACUGGCAUGAGAAGAUCUUGUUGACAAUGGCUAAAGGGGCAGGUAAACCUGUGGCCCUGGACAGACGCACCAGAUCGGCGGCAAUGGGGAAUUUUGCGCGUGUUCAGGUAGAAGUGAUAAUUGGGGAGAAAAGGGUGGAAGAGAUUCAGGUGGAAAGAAAGCAACCAGGAACGGGGGAGAUUUUUUGGUUUAAACAGUUAAUCGUAUAUGAAGAUGGGUUAGCUAAAUGUGGUUUUUGCAAAAAAAUCGGGCAUACUUUGUUCCAAUGCAAAGAGAAGAAGGAGGUGGAUGCUCAAGACACUGAGGCGGCAACCAUGGUGAAUGAAGGUGGUGCAGGGCGAAGAUCCAGCUCAGAGGGCGGUGAUUUGGGUGAAGGAGUUGUUUCCAAUUUGGGUAGAAAUCUUACCCAUAUGAGGCAGCCUUCUACCAUAUUAAGAACUCAGAUUAGGGACAAUAGUCCAAAGUCUAAGGAAGGUGUGCAGCGGCAGGGAGAUAUUGAAAUAAUUAUUCCCGUAGAGAAGUCUACCAAUAUGGGAAUAAAUCACAAUCGUAUGGGUGCAGUUAACAGUAUGGAGGGUAAUGGAUUGGUGUCUACAUUCAAUGAGGAAUCUGGGUCGGUGGAUGGAGCAGAUAUGGAUCAUAUAUCUGAACCAGGAGAUGAGGCUAUCUAUGGCAGGGAGGAUCACAUUGGUUCAGGUCAGCAUGGUGAGAUCGAAGAGGGUAGGGAUGUGAGGUUCGAGCCUCAAAUUGAUAACCCAAAAACUCAGUUGCAGUAUAAGGACGGGGUUAUGAUUGUGUAUCAUGAAGACGUGCUAGAAGUUGAUAGAAUGGCGAGCAUCCUCGAGAGCAAUAUGGAGGGGAGAAGACAGCAAAAAGCUGAACCUAUGUUGGAGGUACAGAAAUUUCCAAAGAGGUUUUUCAAUAAUCUUGAUUUUGAAGCGGAUUUUAUUCAUAAUGAUAGGCAGGAUAAGUGGCAGUCGAAUAUCUUCACUGUGUCUUUUAUUCAUGCUAAUUGCUUCAGAGCAGCAAGGAGAGACUUGUGGAGUAAUUUGGCGGCAUCGAACCCGGGUCAAGGCAUCCCCUGGAUGGUGACUGGAGACUUUAAUGCUACUCUGUAUGCUCAUGAAAAAAGAGGUCCAGGAUCUUUUAAUCUAAGCUCUGCGGCAGAUUUUGGGGCAUUGGUGGAUAGCUGCUCCCUUAUUCAGAUUCCUUCACAGGGUCGAAAGUAUACUUGGACUAAUAAUAGAAGAAGAGACCAUUCUCCCCUAUUGGUGGUGUCAGAAGCAUUGGUGAAGCCCUCUAAUUGCCCUUUCAGGUUUCAGAGGUCUUGGAUUGACCACGAAAAUUUCCUAAAAAUUGUGAAAGAAUCCUGGGAUGAAUGGAUGUCUGGAUCGGCUCUCUAUAUUUUUAGUCAGAAAAUUAAAAGAUUGAAAAUUGUGAUUAAGGAGUGGGCUAGGGAAACAUUUCCCAAUGUGAAUUUGGAAAAGGAAGAGGCGCUAAAGGGGUUGGAAGAGAUUCAAAAGGAGAUAGAGGAGAUUGGUAUGAACGAUCAAAAUUUUGCUCGUGAAGCUGAUGCAAAAACUAGGUACUUGAAGGCAAUGGAGGGAUAUGAAAAAUUCUGGGCUGAAAAAGCUCGGAUUAGAUGGAGAACUCAGGGAGAUAGAAGCUCGAAAUUCUUUCAUAUGGCUGUGAAGGUGAGAAGAAUGAAAAAUACCAUUAGAUAUCUGAAAACUGAUUCAGGUCAGAUCAUCAAUGAGAAGAUGCAGUUGGAGGAAUUUACUAAGAGCUAUUAUGAAAAUUUUUUAAAAAAAUCGACUACUGUUGACCACAUGGAAAUGUUGGACUGCAUUCCGAAGAUUCUGACGGACAUUGAUAGAUGGAGGAUGGACGCGAUGCCAUCUAAUGAUGAGAUAAAAAAAGCGGUUUGGGACCUUGAUCCGGAAAGCUCUCCAGGCCCAGACGGUUUUCCUGAGGGGGUGAAGAUAGAUAUUCAGAAGGCUUACGAUACAAUUGACUGGGAUUUCAUUUUUCAUGUAUUGAGAAAGUUUGGGUUUUCAGAGACCUGGAUUCGAUGGGUCUACCAGAUGCUGGUCUCUGCGAAGAUCUCUGUAAUUUUCAAUGGUGGUCCGAUUGGAUAUUUUGGAGUGGAGAGGGGUUUGAGACAAGGGGACCCUAUUUCCCCAAUGCUGUUCAUUUUGGCUGAAGAGGUUCUCUGCAGAGGUUUGAAUAAACUAGUGGAAGAAAAUAAAUUAAAGCCUAUUAAGGGUCCUCGUGAUGUGAUGACGCCAGUUCAUAGUUUGUUUGCUGACGAUAUAUUCAUCUUUGCAAAUGCAUCUAUCAGAUAUGUUAGACAUCUGAAGAAGUUUCUCAACAUGUAUCAAGAAUUUUCUGGCCAAUGUAUCAAUUUGGAGAAAAGUAAAUUGUUUGUGGGCUCGAUAUCUUCUCAAAGAAAGAGGGCUAUUGUAGAAGAAUUGGGGAUUUCCCUUUGUACAUUUCCUACAAGAUACCUGGGGGUGGAGAUUUUUAAAGGUAGAGUUAAGAAAGAUUUUGUGAUGCCUAUUAUGGACAAAGUAAAAGGCCGUUUGGCUGGGUGGAAGGGCAAGAUGUUAUCCCUGGCAGGAAGAGUUGAAUUAGUGAAAUCGGUGAUUAUGAGUAUGCCAGCUCAUAGUUUUGCUGUGUAUUGGUGGCCGUCGUCGCUAAUUACAACUUUGGAGAGAUGGAUGCGCAAUUUUGUCUGGUCAGGAGAGAUUGAUGCCACAAAAAAAAUUGUUGUUAAUUGGGAUCAAUGUUGUAAGCCGAAGGAGGAAGGGGGGUUAGGAUUGAGAAGAUUGAGAGAUAUGAAUAAAGCUAUGCUCUGUAAAACAGCAUGGCGUAUCAAGCAUGAAAAUUCCUUGACCAGUAGAUUCUUGAGAGCUAGAUUCCUAAAUAAACAGGGGUUACCGAAGGAAGGAUAUAGUGCUUCUUCCAUAUGGCCUGGCAUUAGGAAAAUUUGGAAUUUUAUUUCUUCGAAGGAGAGAUGGGUAGUUGGUGAUGGUUGCAAUAUAAAAUUUUGGAAGGAUAAUUGGGUGGGAGGCUUUGCGCUGGAAGAGUAUGUGGAAGAUGUGGAUAGAUCGAUGCUUGAUGGAAAGGUGGACAGAUUUAUCGUCAAUCAUAGGUGGAACAUACCUGUGGUAAAUUCAUGCUUCAUGACAGAUGUUUUUAAUGCUGUUUUGCAAAUUAAAAUCCCAAAUUAUGAAUGUGUUGACAGAUGUGUUUGGAGUCUUUCUUAUGAUGGGAAUUUUAAUUUGAAAUCUGCAUGGGAAGAUAUUAGAGAAAAAAAGCCAAAGGUUCCCUGGGCUUCGCUCAUUUGGUGUAAGAAGCAACAACCGCGGGUCUCAUCUCUUGCUUGGAGGGUGAUUCAUGGAAAGGUUCAUACUGAUGAAAUGGUAAAAAAAAAAGCUGUGCCUCUUGCUUCCAGAUGUGUCCUUUGGGUAUUUGAGGCUGAAGUAGAGGGGCUGAUGGAGGGUUUGAUGCGAGCCAAGGACAUGGACAUUCAACAUUUGUGGAUUGAGUCAGACUCGAGUGCUGUUGUGUUUUUAAUUCAGCAAAGGAAGAUUCCUUGGUUUGCUUUGCAAAGGUGGCUAUAUCUCCAGCCUUACAUGAGAAGAAUUUCUUGGAAAAUUUCUCACAAUUACAGAGAGGGGAAUUCAGUGGCAGAUUUCUUGGCAAGAGAUGCGGCUAAGAGCGGUAUUUCAGGAGUUGAUGUGAUAUUGCCUCCUCACAUAGGGGAUUUUCUUUCUAGAGAUGCCGAGGGAAGACCAAAUUAUAGAUUCCCUUAG